AUGGCUGGAUUUGGAAGCUUAGAGGUGAGAACUCCGAUUUUCUCUGGUGAAAACUAUGAAUUUUGGAAGAUUAAGAUGGUGACCAUAUUCAAAUCAUAUGGGCUCUGGAAUCUGGUAGAGAAGGGAAUUCCAAUCUCCGAUUCUAAGAAGAAGAAGAAGGCAUCUGAGGAAAUUUCAGAAGAGGAAGAUGAUGAGAAAGCAGCUGCAAUCCUCAUGAAGGAUGCAAAGGCUCUGGGUAUUAUCCAAAAUGCAGUCUCAGAUCAGAUUUUCCCACGAAUUGCAAAUGCAGACUCUGCCAAAGCUGCUUGGGAGCUGUUGUACGGAGAAUUUCAUGGUGGAGAUCAUGUGAGAUCGGUAAAACUUCAAAAUCUCAGACGUGAAUUUGAAUAUACUAGAAUGCAUGAUAGUGAAUCCUUAUCUGCUUACCUUACUAGACUAAAUGAUCUGAUUAAUCAAAUGAAAACAUAUAGUGAAGUGCUCUCGAAUGAGAGGCUUGUGCAAAAGGUUUUGAUUAGUCUUAGCAAGGUAUAUGACCCCAUCUAUUUAGUGAUUGAGAACACUAAGAGUCUAGAGACUGUGGAAUUACAAGAAGUAAUUACUAUUCUAAAAAGUCAAGAGCAGCGAUUUGAGUUGCACAAUGCAGAUGCAACUGAGAAAGCUUUUGCCUCAUUCACAGUGAGUUCAAAUGGUCAGAAUAAGAAUGCAGCUAAUUCUGGUCCAUCCAAGGCUUAG